GCGCUCGUAGAGCGUUGGCGACCCGAGACGUCGACCUUCCAUUUACCAUUUGGUGAGGUCACGAUCACGUUAGAGGACGUUGUGACACUGUCUGGUCUGGCGAUCGAUGAUGAUGUCGUCGUAGUUGACAUACUGGAUGAGGAGUGGCAGGUGAUCUAUUUGAGACUGUUAGGACGGGUUUCGGAUGAUCUUUCACGCGUUGUCGUUAGGAUUGUUUGGCUGAGGGAUGAAUUCAGUCAUCUGUCGGGAAAUGCAUCCCAGGAGGUUACAGAGCAGUUUGCACGAGCUUAUGCUCUAUCUCUGAUGGGAGGUGUACUGUUCCCGGGUCGGUUUGGAGCUACGGUGCACCUACAGUACCUACUUCUGAUUGAGGAUUGGCAGAGAGCUGAAUGAUUCGCCUGGGGAGCAGCUGUUUUAUCCUACCUGUACCGUGAGAUGGGUAGGUCGGCUUUGCACAUUACACAUUCCUCCACUUCUCUAAGAGAACACCUUGGUGGAUGGCUCGCUCUACUGCAGCUCUGGGCAUGGGAGCGAUUCCCACAUCUGACACCGCGACAUUCAGAGACGAGGGCGCAGAUUUCCGAGGAUGCAUCCCCACGUGGUCUUUGAUCGCUUCCGGCCAACACUCGUCAGUAUGGUGACCAGCUAUUCCAGUACAAGCUGUGGUUUGACGAGAUGGAAACCAUGGUGUGGCAACCUUACGUUGAGAG